ACGAAAGUUUCGCAGUUUUCCAUUCGCGAAAUAACGUCGUGCCGAGAAGGUCUGUGCUAAAUCAAGCUAAAUCAACUAGCCACGCGGAAGUCGACCAUUACUAAGUUCCGUUGCCAACUACAAAACUACAAUGCCCCAGCUGCAGAAACAAGCUCCCGAAUUCUCCGGCACCGCCGUCGUCAACGGCGUGUUCAAGGACAUCAAGCUGAGCGACUACAAGGGCAAGUACCUGGUGCUGUUCUUCUACCCGCUGGACUUCACCUUCGUGUGCCCCACGGAGAUCAUUGCGUUCUCGGAGAAUGCCGCCGAGUUCCGCAAGAUCAACUGCGAGGUGAUCGGCUGCUCCACCGACAGCCAGUUCACCCAUCUGGCCUGGAUCAACACGCCGCGCAAGCAGGGCGGCCUGGGCAGCAUGGACAUUCCCCUGCUGGCCGACAAGUCGAUGAAGGUGGCCCGCGACUAUGGUGUGCUGGACGAGGAGACUGGCAUUCCCUUCCGCGGCCUCUUCAUCAUCGAUGACAAGCAGAAUUUGCGCCAGAUCACCAUUAACGAUCUGCCGGUGGGCCGCAGCGUUGAGGAAACCCUGCGCCUGGUGCAGGCCUUCCAGUACACGGACAAGUACGGCGAGGUGUGCCCGGCCAACUGGAAGCCCGGCCAGAAGACCAUGGUGGCCGAUCCCACCAAGUCCAAGGCAUACUUUGAGUCUACCUCCUAAGAGGCUACAAACCCAUUGUCGGGACGGGGGCUGCUCCUGGCGAGCGGGAGCGGAUUCGAAUCGCAACACCCCCCGUGCCCCAGCUAUAUUACAUAUAUUCACGCCACUAAAUAUUAAUCCUAGAGCGUAGAAGAAACACCUGUGAAGCAUACCUUUAGCAGAAAGCUGAAAGUGAUUUUUUGUGUUAAUUUAAUAUAUAUAUUUUUUUUUAAUUUUCCUUUUUGUAAUUCACUACAAUAAACGAUUUUACGGAAGCGAA